CGUGAGUGAGAUGUGUGUUAUUAAAUAGUUUUGAGUUGAGCAACAAGUGGGUGGCAGAAUGAUAAGCAAGGUAUUCCUAAAGCCCCAUCUGGUUGGUCUUCUUCUUCCCUCUAAAUUCGGCUUGGUCUUCCCUCACACAACCAAGCCUUCUUCUUCCCUUCCCACCACUUUCUUCAUUUCACACUUCUCCUCUGCCCCUCUCUCUUCCUACGGACCCUCCCUCCACAAGGGAACAACAAUCCCCUCCCAAUCCCUAAACGACGCCGUUCUCUGCGAAGAAGCCUUCACGCGAGUCUUCCACCUCGCCGCACUCCGCGUCCCCUCCUCCGAAUGCUCCGCCCUCGAGAGCCGCCUCCGUGGCCACCUCCUUAACUGGCCCCGCCUCCGCAAUAUCGCCCGCGUCCCCGGCGACGACAUCGACCCCACCCUCGCCCCUCUCUUGCCUCAACCAGGUAACGGAGAAUUCGACUUCGACGAAAAUGAAGUAGAAGAAAGACGUCUCGUCUCGCUGCAACGCCGGAUUCACGGCAAGGCGGACGGCGACGGCGACGUGUUGAGCCCCGUGCUGUACCGUGACAGGCUCGCGAGGACGUUCAACACCAGCGGCUUCGUGAAGUUCCGCCACCUCGCGAAGAUUUCGCGGCCGAACAGGAAUAAGAGGAGGAGGAAGAGGAAGGAGAAGGAGUCGAGUGAAGGGGUUAAGCGCGUGGGGGAGAAUGGGUUUGCUGCAGUUGAGGUUAUUGAGGAAGAAGAAGAAGGAGAAGAAAGUGGUGGUUUGAGGAAUUUGCUUGGAGAAGAGUUUGCGAGGAAAAAAUGGAGAGGUUCCACGAGGUUGCUGCUUCUGGAUGAACGCUACGCUGAUCGCGGUUUCGAGGAGUUGCCUGAAGCAACUAAGGCUGUUUUGAAGGAGUAUGCAGAAAAGAGUACAAAUUUGAUGCUUGAUCUAGUUAGAUGCAAGUUGACACUAUUCUAUGAUUACUGGCAGAUGAAUGAGGUCUUGGAGACCUUGCUGCCUGAGGGUAUGAUUAUUCCUUCCGCUUUUGAGACUGUUGGUCAUAUAGCACACCUGAAUUUGAGAGACGAACAUUUACCAUACAAGUGGCUAAUAGCUAAGGUUGUGCUGGAUAAGAAUAAGCCAAGGAUACAAACGGUUGUGAACAAGAUUGAUACAAUUCAAAAUGAGUACAGGACCAUGCAGCUUGAGGUUUUAGCAGGAAACCACUCUCUUGUGACUACAGUAGUUGAGAAUGGUAUUCACUUUCAGGUUGACUUAGCGACAGUAUAUUGGAGUUCUAGGCUAGGAACUGAAAGACAAAGGCUUCUGAGUGGUUUUACACGGAACGAUGUCGUCUGUGAUGUUUUCUCUGGAGUUGGUCCUUUAGCCAUAUCUGCAGCAAGGAUAGUUAAACGUGUUUUUGCUAAUGACUUAAAUCCUUAUGCAGUUGAGUAUCUGGAAAGAAAUUGUGUUCUAAACAAACUUGACAGGAAGAUUAAGGUCUUUAACAUGGAUGGAAGAAGGUUCAUUAAAUCUAUGUAUGACAGUGAUAUAUCUCAGUCCAUCACACAGGUGGUUAUGAACUUGCCAAGUGAAGCUGCAGAAUUUCUAGAUGCAUUUCGGGGAAUAUACAAAAAUAGACCCAAGGAUGGGGAAUAUACUUUGCCAUUGAUCCAUGUUUAUGGAUUCUCCAAAGCACGAGAUCCAGAAUUUGAUUUUCACGAGAGAAUAAGAAUUGCACUGCUAGAAGUUGCAGUCAAUGUAGACAUGAGACGGGUAAGGCUUGUUGCUCCUGGAAAAUGGAUGUUGUGCGCAUCGUUCCUUCUCCCUAAAAGUGUAGCAUUUGCUGAUACUGCAGUUGAUACCUAAACAGUAUUUAGAUUGUUAUUUAUUCAUUGGAUGUAGUAAAUUUUGUUCCAUUGCAUUAGUUGUCUAAAUUGAUAUUGUGUAUAUAUCUAACAUGACUUUUUUUUUUAACCUCUAGUCUCUAGCAUUACUAAUUAGUGGAUAUUGAAAAAAAAAAAAUAAAGCCCAUGAUAUUGGACC